AUGGAGGAGGCAAUAGUGAAAGGCAAUGGGAUCGUGCUAAAAGAUGGUAGUGGUAGUGGUGGAAGGAAAUUGAUUAGAGCCUUCCCAGCUCAGUUAUUAAGCGCUGCUGAUGUGAAGGACUUUAGACCUAUUAGUGGGCGUCAGAUUCUGGAUUUUACUCUUAUUACCAGUGAGUGUGUGGAUGAUAGGUUGAAGAGUGGUGUUCCAGGGGUUCUGUUUAAGCUGGGUGUAGAGAAAGCUUAUGACCAUGUCAAUUGGAACUUUUUGUUAUAUAUGUUGGAAAGGAUAGGUUUUGGAGAAAAAUGGAGAAGAUGGAUUGAGUUCUUCAUUUCUUCAGCGAGAUUCUCGGUGUUGGUUAAUGGAGGCGCUCAGUCAGUUAAUGGGGAGGGCCGUGGAGUUGGGCUUCAUCAGGCAGUUUCGGGGUUGAAAGUGAAUGUAGGGAAGAGUGCCCCGAUUCCAGUGGGGGAGGUUCAGGAUAUGGAGGAGUUAGCUUCUGCACUUGGUUGUGGAGUUAGUUCCUUUCCGAUUUCUUAUUUAGGUUUGCCUUCGGGGGCUUCUGCAAGGAUUGUGGGUGCUUGGGAUUCGGUGGUGGAGAGGGUGGAGAGGAGGCUUGCUAGGUGGAAGAAGCAGUAUCCAUCAAAAGGAGGGGGGGUUACCUUGUUGAAGAGCACUUUGUCGAGCCUACCUGCUUAUUUCUUAUCCCUCUUCCAGAUUUCGUCGACAGUUGUUGCGUCGAUUGAGAGGCUACAGAGGAACUUCUUAUGGGGAGAUUUAGGGGACUAA